AUGGCUGAUCAACCACCGGCAAUGCAACAUGAGGACUCCAUCAGUUCGCAAGAUCCUCAUUUACAUGGUGACAAAGGAAAGACGAAGAGUAGACGGCCAGCAAAUACGGCGUUCAGACAACAAAGAUUGAAGGCAUGGCAACCAAUUUUAACACCAAAAACCGUACUUCCAUUAUUCUUCGCCAUCGGAAUUAUUUUCGCGCCAAUUGGCGGAGGGUUGUUAUAUGCUAGUAGUGUGGUCCAAGAAAUUGUACUCGAUUAUUCGAAAUGCCAUACAGAUGCGCCAACCUGCACCGAUUACCUCGAUACAGGCUCUCUCAUGCCUGAUGAUAAUGUUGCAAUGUUUUUCAAAACGCCAUAUGUAUAUGAAGGAACUCCUCCGCAAUGGUGCAGGCAAGAUAUUAACCAAACAUAUUACAACGGCAGUGUCGCGCAUGCAACUGUUCCAGCUGUACAAUGUCGACUCACAUUCCCAAUCAAAUCCGAAAUGCAGCCUCCUGUUCUAUUCUACUAUAAGCUCACCAACUUCUACCAAAACCAUCGACGAUAUGCUAAGUCCUUCGAUUCUGCUCAGCUUUCCGGCAAAGCCGUCACCGCAAGUACCAUACAUUCUGGCGAUUGUACGCCACUUACGACUGUAAAGGAUAAUGGUGUCGAUAAGCCAUAUUAUCCUUGUGGUCUAGCUCCAAACUCCGUGUUUAAUGACACAUUCUCAAGUCCAUUUCUACAAAAUGUCGCAAAUAGCACCUCAGGUGGCGUAGUCUAUCCUAUGAAGAACAACUCGGAUGUGUCAUGGAGUAGCGAUAGAGAGCUAUAUGGUCAAACAAAAUACAAUUGGUCGGAUGUCAUUGUUCCUCCAAACUGGGUUAAGCGAUAUCCAAACAAUUACAGUGAUGAUUACCAUCCUGAUCUCGAGAACGACGAAGCAUUCCAAGUUUGGAUGAGAUUGGCUGGUUUGCCAACAUUUAGUAAAUUGUUACAGAGAAAUGACGACGAUACUAUGAAAACUGGACAAUAUCAAGUCAACAUCACACAUCUUUUCAAUGUUACCGAAUAUGGCGGCACUAAAUCAAUCGUUCUUUCAACCCGCACCGUUAUGGGUGGUAAGAAUCCUUUCCUAGGUAUCGCCUACAUCGUGGUUGGAGGUCUCUGUAUCCUGCUCGGUGCACUUUUCACCGUGACUCAUCUUAUAAAACCAAGAAAACUGGGUGACCACACAUAUUUGAGUUGGAAUAACGACAACCCUACAACGGCGACUACCAGUGGACGUGAAAUGGGUGCGAAUAUGGGAUAG